AUGGUGUAUAUGAAAAUAAUGAAUAUUAUAUUAUCAUUUUUCAUAUUAGUAAUUUCUGGAAAUGUUAAAGGUGCAAGUUUUAGAGACGCAAAUCAUAACAUUCCAGAACCAAUUGCAUAUAUUUCGCUAGCUAAACCAACUGCAGUAUUCGCAUAUGAUAAAAAAAAACAUAUUAAAUAUUUAGACUUAAUUAAUAGUAUUUUAAGUGAGCAAUCAACAAAUAAAAAAUAUAAAUUUGCAGGUGGCAAUUAUCAUUGGAUUAUAAUAGACAUUAAUAUAUCCAUAGAUAAUUCUAGUCUGCUUUUGAAACAUUUUUUUUCUGAAAACAAAAUUGAAGCAUUCAAAUUAGGAACAAGACAUUUUAUAUCUUAUAUAGAGGAGAGGAUUAAAUUUUUAAUUUCACGAUAUAUAUAUAAAUAUGAUUUUGAAAAAAAUUAUGCUACCGAUUUAAUAAACUUAGCUGAAGAUUUAAAACCUCCGACAUCUAAUAGAUUUAUCUACGAAUUUAUAAACAACCUUAUAAGAUUCAAAAAAAUGCCACCAGAUAUAAAGCUUAAAGAAAUGUCAAAUGAAGUUUCUGAACUGCUUUUACAAAAUUCAUCUAUAAAGAUUCAAGGUUAUUGUAUUAAAAUAAUGAAAUAUAAAAACCCCAUUUAUAUAAAAAAUGAUUUUAGUUUUUAUUUUAAUAUCGCUAUAAAUAAAUAUAAAUCAAAUGUUACUUAUAAUUUUGAAUUUCCUAAAUCUGAAAUUGCUGAGUUAUGUCCUAAAUCUGAACAUUUUGAAUUAGAUUCUAAAUCUGAAUUUUUUGAAUUAGAUUCUAAAUCUGAAUUUUUUGAGUUAGAUUCUAAAUCUGAAAUUUUUGAAUUAGACCCUAAACCUUUAAGAAAGGCAUAA